AUGACACUAGACAGUGUACCGCCAAAAAUCGUCGCCAUGGCCAAGGCCUAUUAUCGCUCCACCAUCGCGCGAGUUCUGGUCCACAGCAAUAUUUCCCACCCAUUCGGUAUUUCGUCUGGCGUUCGACAGGGUUGUAUACUGUCACCCAUUCUGUUCAACUACGUCAUCGACUGGAUUCUCGGGAGGGCCCUACACGGAAAUGACGGUAUUGAGUCUGUACCCGGAUACCGACUGACUGAUCUCGACUAUGCCGAUUAUAUUGCCUUACUUGCUUCAAGUUUCAGUGAUCUGCAGUCUGUGGUGUCACGGGUGAACGAGGUCGCCCAAUCGGUCGGUUUGUUCAUAAACGCUGAGAAGGUAAAGUGUUUUGAAGCUGCCUCCCUGACCAAGGGAAGGCAUCUCUUGGGAUUGAUGGCUGUCAACUUGAAGAAGUAGACAGUUUUACAUACAUUGGGACGAGGUUGCUGCCGAAUGGGCAGCGCAAGAACGACAUUGUCUCUCGAAUUGAUGCUGCCCGACGGGUUUUUUCAAGCCUUAGAAAGGCCUAUGGAUCCGAUGCGACAUCUCCAUUGUCGCCAAGACGCGCAUGUACCGUGCAUCUGUUCGGUCUGUCCUUCUCUAUGGUUGUGAGUGCUGGGCUGUGCGCGUGGUGGACGAGCGAAAACUGGAGGCAUUUGACCACCACUGCUUGAGGACGAUCCUUUGAGUGAAGUACGCCGACUUCGUCUCAAAUGAGACAGUCCGCGCUCGCUGCUACAACGUCACAAUGAUAACCCAGGCUACCCAAGAGGUGGUUUGGGCGUGUUCUUCGUCGUCCACCUCAGGAGGUCAGUACUACUGCACUCGAUCCGGUACCGUUACCCAUUGGAGGCGUCGAGGAGGGGGUCAACUCAAAACCUGGCUCGACGCAGUUCGUCAAGAUAUGGAGGUGGUUCUUGGGCCCUGGGUAUUGAGUCUCUAUCGUUGGCGAAGACAGUGGGUUGAACUGUCUAGAGCUGCUGCCGCGGAUCGUCACGCGUGGAGAGGUACAGUUCAGGACAUCAUCAAGACCGGUCCAACAACCCGUCAGUAUGAUGGGAUGGCUCUUGGGUCGUCGGUAUUGGCCCUCCAUCCUUGGAGAAGAAAGUGAAUCGGUUUCUCCGAAUUCCUUGUUGCAGAUCACCACACGUGGAGAUGUACACUUCGCGAUAUAAUCGAGGUCUACUUAAUCAGGCAUGGCCCCAGUCACAUCAGGAACAAGUGAGUGCAUAGGAAACUAUAGUGAGAAUUAGUAGGAGGGAAUGUCACUAAAAGCAAUUGAAGGAGAUAAUUGCACUGUCGGAACUUGUGUUUAUGCCUUAAGGAGGAUAAAACGUUUAUAAAAUUGUCGUGGGAGGCAACCGUAAGUAAUUUAUUCCAUUGCUGAGGCCUAGAGAAGUGUCACUUGCAGAGGCUACGAAUGUCCUGUUCUGAAGCCGUCGAUUCUACUCAAAGCAAACAUAUGAAUACACACAUCAACUAAGAAAACUGACACCUUGCUCUGAUGAUUGAGCAUAAAAUUGUAUUUCAGGUGCAAAGUUUUUGUCUUCGGUUAAUCGCAGGUUUGUCCAACUUUGUGAUGUAGGCAACAUAGCCGACGGGCUACCUACAUUUGUCGUCAAACGUGUACGAGACAAUUCUAACUCCCAUGAUAAGCGUUCGCUUUUUAUCCGCUUAUCGAAGAACCAUUCAAGUGCAUCGCUGUAUAUUGGUGUCACGUAGACUGCAGCAGUCAUGUUAGCACGCGGAACGUGUAUGCCGCGGAAUUCCAGCUAAGUACUAUCGACUGCAACAGUCCUGUGUAAGGCCCUCACACCUCAUACAAUUUUGAUUAUGCAUCAUCCAGUCGGUGUCGUUGAUGUCUCGAUUUACACCCAUCCGCACUUGAAUAUGGUAGAGGGGCGCUUACCUAUCGUUCUUACGGAACUCACUCGCUCCGUUGUGCCUUACGGGCUUUCUAUCGAGCCCAACCAGCAGCCGCACAGCGGCGCAUGAUAUAGGCAGAAUAUCUGUGGCUUGAUCCAGAGAGCUCAACCCAUUCUCUCCUCCAACAACGGAGGCCGAAUACAAAAGGUCCAAGACUCACUUGCAUGUCUUUGCGAGCUGUGUUGAGCUAGGUUUUGGGCUGGCCUCCUCUUUGUCGCCUCAAGGUAGGCAACGGCGCUACAUAGGGUCCAUCAACACUGUACUCAUGAACGGAACAACGAAGAACCUGCCCAAAUGCCUCGGUCAUCUUUGGUGGAUGGUUUGAGAUAUCCUCGUGAAAUUGUUGCAGCGGGUGCGAACUGCUUCAUUUGAGAUGGAUGUUUCUCAGGCAGCCGUGGUCAGACACCACUUUUUGCCCAUAUUCCACGUGCACAUCCCAGAAUUCAUAGCCAUACGGGAGGACUGACCGGAUGGAUACCCGGUACACGCGGAUUUUUUUUCAGAUGAAAAUACGGCGGCUUGUGAAGACUCCACCGACAACAUCAGUGUGGACGAUUAUAUCGUUUUCACCGUGUCCAUUCGACAGUACUAUGUUGAAACAGUCAGCUUCUUCAGGUUGGCAGCCAUUAAUCUCGAGGAUUGAUUUAUCGAAUUCAUCUACUCCCGACACCACAGCUUUGGUCACCGAAACCUGAGACUACUACAGCGACUUAGUCAGCGUAGUCGAGACCAGUCAACCAACGCCCAGGUGCAAACUUAACACCAUCAAAACCAUGCAGGGCGUUUCCGAGAAUCCAAUCAAUGGCGUAGUGGAACAGAAUGGGGAAAGGAUGCAGCCCUGUCAAAUGCCAAAUCGAAUUUUGAAUUCUUGGAGAGAUUGUUGUGGACUGAUACGCUCGCAAUGGUCUAACGAAAGUAAGCUCUGAUCAUGACGAUGAAUUUUAUCGGCAUGCCGUCUAACUUCAUCAUCCCCCACAUGGAAUCAGCAUGGCUGGAAUCGAAUGAUGCAGCGUAGUCGAUGACACGGAUGACUGUCGGUUUCUGGUAGCCAUGGCGAAAUUCAAGAGUGCACAUCUGCUGUAGCCGGGACCGUAACAAGCACGCAAGGGGGAGAGCACGAGCAAAGCGGGAUACAGGAAUCAGAACGAAGAAUACCCUAUAAUAGGGCUUUAUUUAUCUUACGGUUAAUAUACUGGAACUAAGUCGGGAGAUAGGAUAGCAGUAGAUAAGAUGGAAUUUCGCCAGGGCAUAAGUUAACAUGACAUUAACCCCAGCCAACAAACAGAGUGAUAGAGGCGUCGACAAAUCGGAGGAUAAAUUUUGCAAAUGGUAUAGGUUAGGCUUCUCUGCUACGAGGGCAAUAUGGAUGAACACGUUGUUAUUGUUGGAUCAAUGUCCCUACCCUAUGCUUAUGGACAUCUUCAGCGCCAGAUGAACUAAGAGGUGUUGCAUCAUUCUGUUUAUCAGUUGAAAUGGCACUGCCUUCCUGUUCAGUAAUGGGUAAGUGGUCAGGGGAAGAUGAAAUGAAUUUUUCAGGUACGAACGUGGCCGUCUCCUGAUGGCAAUCACCGAUAUCCUCUUUACCUCUGGGAGCAAGUAAUUGGAGGGAUACAGUUUCCCCUCUGCCGUUAUUAAAUCGUAUAUGAGUGUAUUUUGGUUUCACUGGUGCAGAUCGAUGUCCUCAACGAGCGGAUCAAGUUUAGACUGUUGACUGCUCUUCACCAGGACUCGGUCAGGAGAAAUAAGCCGCAUGGAGAGAGUGGUCCCAGUGGUUUGCCUCCAAUUGCAGACAAAAAUUCUCUAAAGAGGUGUCGCAUUAGGGGCGGCACACAGAAGUGGUCUGACUGAGUGUAGAGCGUCAAGUAGGACGGAUUUCCAGUGCGUGGCAGGCAAACUUCGGGAUUUUAGAGCAUGUAAGAUAGUCUUCCAUUAAGUUUGGUCCGAACGUUCGACCUGCCCAUUUCCCUGGGGCUUGCAGGGAAUUUUCCUACUCAUCGCCUCCCCCUUAUUGAGAAGGGAUUGCUGAACUUUGUGUGACAUAACUGACGAUCCCCGACCGGCGUGUAUGUACGAAGGAGUACCAAAUAUAGAGAAGAGCUGACACAAAUAUUAAAUGACGGUUUCGGCGCUCCGAUCAGGACAGGAAAAUGCAAAUUGGAAACGAGGAUUUUCAUCAGUAAUCGUCUGCAGAUAGCGACUCUCGGUCACCAACGGAAGUAGACCUUUGAAGUCUAUUGACAAUCAUUCAAACGGCUGGGUAGCUUUUGAUGGGUUGGCCUCAUUCUUUAAAGCAACGGGGUUUGACUUCGCAGCAGGUUUGACAUGUAGCGACAGUAGUAGAUAAGAUAGAAUUUUGCUAGGGCAUGAGUUAGCAUGACAACAUUAGUUGGAUACCUAGUCAACGCAUUCACCUUCAGCGCGAGACCGAUUUGGUUGGGCCCCGUCCUCGAGUCACGCACAUUCUUAAGUCUACUGAGAAGGACAACAUUGAAGAUCUUCACUCAAACUCGCUAAAGCUUAUGUCGCGGUAGCUCUUGCGCUGCCUCCAAUCUCCCCACUCGAAGACGGACAUAAGGAUUUCUGGGCUCCAGUCAUUAGUGAUGAGCUCAUCUCACCACGUUUGCUCAGUUAACUUAUGGAGUCGGGGUGUCAGAGCGCCGACACGGGAUUUGUAGAUUUCAGUGGGAAUACCGUCGUCUCCGGGGGCCUUGUUGUGCAGCAUUCGUAUUUCAUCAGCAUUUUCUCCUUGAGUCAGCUCACACGACAUUUUUGAGGACAAAAUUGUGCUCACGCCAACCCCCGUCCUUGGCCUAUUUGUCAUAAAUGAGUAGAUAGAUAGAUAAUUUUUAUUAAAGACCCGUCGGAGUCCCAUUUUCAUCGCGAACAGUCACUCAGUGCAGGGGGGCUCACCAAUAAGUGGGCGAUUGUAACCAAGGUUUGAGGCACAUUUCACGGAGGUCGUUGUUUCAGCCCUAUAUUUCUGCCGACCGUUUCUAGCCCACUUUGUCGUCAUUUUCCGAAAUCGACGGAAGUAAUCAUAGUUGUUGGAUCUGACUUGAGCAGCCUAAGCGGCCAGCUGCAAGGUUCUUCCGCUGAUCCAGUCACUGCGGCGCUGCUGGGUAGAUCAAGUAUUCACUCGGCUGCCUCACAGGUUGAUGACUUCUGUGAUGACCACUGGCUGUUGCUUUCUCCCUGGACUCGGGUCGUAAAAGGAGGCUAGAUUUCUAUGCUCAGAGCCCGGCUGUGUUGACUUUUCGUAGUUUUGAAACGUGGAGGCGUCGUGAAUUUGACAAUUUUGGUGCGAAUAGGUGAACUUUAGGCUUGUACGAGCGAGAAAAUGGUUUGCCUCAUGAGCGUUGCCAGUUUUAACACCGCACAUCGAUCUGCUGUCGUGAACGCAGAUGCGGAACACCCAAACGUCUAGAAUGUAGUCAAUCUGACCGACCGUAUGACUGUUGCUUGAAUAACAGGUCGACAGAUGUUUGUGGUGAUACUGGAAGCACAUGUUGGUGAAAAACAGUCGGUUCCGGUUUACAGAGUUCAGCAUUCACUCGUUAUUGACGCACUGAGGAACAAGCCCAAAGCAGCCAAUAAGGUGACUGAAGAGUUGCCGCGUUCAGUCCGUCCAUUCCAGCCCACAUCAACAAGCAGAAAAUCACGGUGAGGGAGUCAUUCAAAUACUUUCUACGGCUGCAAGUAGGUUUAUUAUGUAAAGCGACCAUUCAGUUGUACCUAAGCCAUUCGUGUUGCACUGAUGAAGACUACGCCGUCAGACUUCGUGUGCCAGGGUCCAAGAUCGCAUAUUUCAGCAUCCAAGAACACAAAUUCCUUCUCGGCUUCGUAGUUCAACUCGCACGCUAUUCGCCCACAUCUGAACCGGUUUUCGCGGACGCCGUAGCAUGGAUCACUGUAUUUGUGAUACCUGAGGGGUUCGUUCACUUUCCCCCUGAAAUCUGGUGGUCGACGAAAACCCUGAUCUACACAGACUUGGGAGAUCGGAUUACUGUCGUCUAAACUUCGUGCACGAACAACAAUAAAACCAGCCAUUCAGGGUUUCUUACGCCAGAAGUUGCCCAUCUAGACAUUGCUGUCGCCGAUUUGCUCGACAGUAUUGUAGCGUUAAGCCCAUUGGAAAGACUGAGACGGCGCUCAGUAAGGGGCAUCCCUAUGUGCGUACGAAGUGGAGCAUGUUGGCAAGUGUCCAAAGGUACUGCUGUAGCGGGCGUCUGUCAGCGGAAAUAGCGACUCGCCUCACGCAUGGCCGAUUGUUGGCUACUUUUCUUGUUAGACUGUUUUUAUAUAGAACUCACCGAGCUUCUUAUUUCCUUGUGGCGGCGACCUACACUAUCUUGUGUGAUCGGAACCCAUGAUAGCACUGCAUUUUGAAUUUCCAAGGAAUCCUCGAGUCGUGCUCGAAUCGUCAUUGUCUGUUUUUGAGAGGUACAAUACUUAAACAAUGCAUCUACGCACUCCACAGGGAUUUUCCUUCCGACGAACUUGAUUCAGGUUGCCGACAACGAACAUAACCAUUAUACUUAUAUUUUUUUUCUUGUUGCCCAUUUUCUUCUUUUAGGUUGAGAUGCAGAACAUCACCCGGGUGGAAAAGCGAUUGGCAGCUAGGCGUCUAAAGCGGAAGGAUGAAAAGCGGCGUAGGCGCGAGCGCGAUGCACUCACCACACAAGAGUCCGUUAAAGCUGGAAACUACGUUCCCAAGAGAACUCUUCUUCGUCAGUCGCGUGAAAGGAUGAUGGAGAACCUGCUGAACGCACCAAAAAUAUGCAUAGACUGCUCUUUUGAGUCAUUGAUGUCUCCUAAAGUAGCUCGCUGUCUCUUUGUUUACAUCCAGUCCUACACUUUGCCAGGAACGCAGCAAAUUCGCCCAGCAGCUUUGUCGUGCCUAUGGCGCUAAUAAGAGCUCCCCGGAGCCCUUCAGUCUGCAUCUUACGAACUUUUCCAUGGAGAGUGCCCUUGGUAUCUGCUGUCAGCAGAAGUGCUCCGGAUUUGAAAACUACAAGGUGAAAUCUUUGUAUGGUGUAUGAGUGCUCUGCUUGUUUGACUUGUCCAGGACUGGAGAGACAUAUCGCCACGGUAGCCACCGGUCGCCUUUGUUCACUAUCCAACAUCUCACCAUCGAGGGUGUGGUGACACACCUAGGUGCGGGUUUUCGCCGUGCCAGCCACCUGCGCCCUCCCCUGCCUCCCGUCGUGACAGCGUGCCCAGGUGGAGGAGGAGAGAGUGUGGUAGAUGCCGUGAGAGUCUAUAAACGAAUUCACUCGCAAUUCACCGUCCUUGCUCUCGCCCUGUCGUGGAACACACGGUGGGCAUCGUUGAAAACGACGAACUCUCAGACUGACCGGACCAAAAGUGCAAACAAGGCAUUUUAGAACUCUCAGGAAGGCGCACUCAUGAAUCUUAAACCACUACUUGCAUAUCAGUUCGACAGUCUUUCUACCUUACCCGGCUUGCAGCCAACACCUAAGAUAGUCAGGGAGUAUUACCAGCAACGGCAAUGAUGACGGAACAGGCCAUUGUUGGCUUUUUUGCUAGCAGCUUGCCAUGUCCCAACCAAAUACAUUUUGAUUGUUAUUACUCAUCGCUUUACGACUAGCUCCCAAAAGUUGAUCCGGAGCUCCACGCCGAACCGGAAUCGCCCGCUUUCCGUUGUAGUGGAAGGCACCACUACAACGUGACUUGUGGCGGUUGCUGCAUAUCCAUUCUGCGCUUUUAUUACUUCCAGAUGAGGGUAUUCGAGGUUACUUAGCUGGUCUCGUUUUUGACCCGAGUUGUCAGCCAAGCUCAGUUCUAUUCUCUCUCUCCCUCUCUCUCUCUCCCUCCCUCUCUCUCUCUCUCUCUCUCGGGGGAUUUUGUCUCAAUUUACUGUCGCAUGAACUAUCCCACCCCCCCCCUUUUGUCUAUCAUUUUCCAGUUUUCUUUUGCAAAUCAGAAUUUAAGUCAACUCUUCGCAAAUUGCAGAUUGGACUUCACGCAGUAUCACCGGCAAUUCAGUUCCCCACCUCUAAACUAGUCUACCUUUCACCCGAAGCCCAGUCACCCCUUUUGGACCUUGAACCAGACACUAUUUACGUGAUUGGUGGGCUUGUGGAUGAAAAUGUUCGAAAGGUUUGUCAGUGUUUUUUGACAAGCAUUUUUGGAAAGCACCCUGUGAUUACCGCCUCGGCAUCAGACGCCUACAUAUUUAUAGCCGCACUGUCGAUUCCCUCGUCAGCUCACUUCACUAACGUUCUGCUUUCACUCCUUUCAUUUUCGUCAGACCUAAGUGCCAUUCUGAUCUGUUAGGUUUUUUUCGCGCUGUUAGCCAAAGACGUCUCACCAACUGGAGUUCACUCCUGUAACAGACGAUUAGAGCCGUUUACUUGAUCUUUACCCACUCGAUUGCCCCUUGAACCCUUUUCCCACGAAAUCCUAGUUCUAGGACGAUUUUAUCAUUUUAGGGCGCCAGUUUGACAGCCGCUGACUCCCUUGGGGUUGAAACAGCACGUUUGCCACUCCAAGAAUUUGGUCCGGAGGGUUGGGGCGCAGGGAACAGAACAAAGUCGUCCGCCCUUCCCAUCAAUAUUGUCCUCAGCAUCCUCCUCUCUUACCGCCAACACAAGGACUGGAGAAAAGCCUUCGAGAUCAAUUUACCGAAACGUUUUCAGACGUGA